AUGAUACCACAGCUCCAAAUCACAAACGAGUUAAAAAGGAGGUGCUGUGGAUGUAUCCCCGUCUAUCAAGCGGAGGUGCUUGAGUACUUGACCGCUGAGAUCCUGGAGCUGGUGGGAAAAGCGGCUCGUGAUUACAAGAAGACCGGGAUCAUCCACCGACACCUGCAGCUGGCUGUCUGCAAUGACGAGAAGCUCAACAAGCUGCUGGGAGGAGAGACCAUCACUCAGGGAGGAGUUCUACCCAAGAUUCAGGUGGUCCUGCUGCCCAAGAAGACCGAAAAAUCCACCAAGUCCAAGUAG